AAAAAAAAAGAACAAAAAAUGAAAGUUGUCUUGAUCCUUCUCUCUGUUCUUUUCCUCCUGCAAGCAUCCCAAGGAUUUGAUUUCCAUGAAAAGGAACUAGAGACCGAAGAGAGCUUAUCGAAGCUAUAUGAAAGAUGGAGAACCCAUCACUCUGUAUCAAGAGCCUCCCACGAGGUAAUUAAACGGUUUAACGUUUUUAGACACAAUGUGCUUCAUGUCCACAAGACAAACAAGAAAAAUAAACCUUACAAACUCAAGAUCAAUAGAUUCGCUGAUUUAACACACCACGAGUUCAGAAAGUCUUACGCUGGCUCUAAUGUUAAGCAUCAUCGGAUGCUCCGUGGACCUAAGCGCGGAUCUGGUAGAUUCAUGUAUGAGAAUGUGACCAGUGUUCCAAGUUCUGUUGAUUGGAUAGAAAAAGGAGCAGUCACGGAUGUCAAGAAUCAACAAGAUUGUGGAAGUUGCUGGGCAUUUUCUACGGUUGCAGCAGUAGAAGGAAUAAACAAGAUCAGAACAAGCAAACUAGUUUCAUUGUCUGAACAAGAGCUCGUUGAUUGUGACAAUGAAGAGAAUGAAGGCUGUUCAGGAGGUCUUAUGGAAGCUGCGUUUGAUUUCAUCAAGAACAAUGGUGGUAUCAAAACUGAAGAAACUUAUCCUUACAUUUCUAACGACGUUGACCUCUGCAGAGCUAAAUAUAUUGAAGGAGAAACUGUAACGAUUGACGGACACGAACAUGUCCCUGAGAAUGAUGAGGAGGCACUUCUCAAAGCCGUUGCUCACCAGCCUGUCUCUGUAGCCAUUGAUGCUGGAAGCUCCGAUUUCCAGCUUUACUCUGAGGGUGUGUUCACUGGAGAAUGUGGGACUCAGUUAAACCAUGGAGUAGCGAUUGUCGGGUAUGGAGAGACGCAAAAUGGAACAAAAUAUUGGAUAGUGAGGAACUCUUGGGGUCCAGAAUGGGGAGAAGGAGGCUAUGUACGGAUUGAGAGAGGAAUAUCUGAGAACGAAGGACGUUGCGGCAUAGCCAUGGAGGCUUCUUAUCCCACCAAGCUCUCGUCUAGUUCAUCUGGAGAGACUACUAAUAUUCAUGAGCCAAUAGCUCCUAAUGCUGUUAAAGAUGAACUCUAGAUUGUGAGUGGUGAAGAUGAGAUCUCGCGAGUUCCUAUAUUGUGAAGAAUAUAAUAUAAAUAAUAUAGUGAUCCGACGUUUGAGUUUGUUAUUGUAUUUGUAUGUGUUCUAUAUCCUUUUUUCUUGAACAUAGCGUUCUAUAUCUUCUCAUGGAGUUUUUCCUUUUAAAUGUCAUGUGAGACCGUCUCUAUUACUUCAUUGUUAUGCUGUAUUUAUCUUACAUUGUCUAGAUAUUUCCUUAUUUUUUACAUAUUGGCUAGUGGGUAACAGAUAAACUUUGCGA